CUACAAGUACCAGGUACGACUUUGGAGCGUCCGUUUGCAGUGCACAGUUCGAUUUGUUUUGGUUUGCAGACUGCGCUUUGUCACGGGGAGCCAAUGUCCACCGCGAUACUAUAACCUGUGUCGUUAAACACCUUUGACUCCCUGCCAAAACCCCGGAACAACGCCUCCUCUGAGAUCUGUAUUUCGCCACCCCUUUUCAGGGCUGUCGUCUGCCUUGUCGCUGUGUUAUCGGACCUCAGAAGCUGGCCUGCUAGUUAGCAAACAAGCUAACGAUUGACAGAUUUCACCCAUGUCCUCUGAAGAAGGGUUGAGCUCAACGAUCACAGAUUGGCUUUUCAUCAAUUCCUGGUGGCUUCUUCUGCCAUUCAUCAUGCUUCUUGUAGUUGCUGCCUUCAUCGUUGCCUUUGUGUUGCUGUUAUACAUGAUAUCGCCUCUCAUUAGUCCCAAACCUCUGAAACUGAACGGGGCCCACGUCGUGGUGACAGGCGGCUCAAGUGGGAUUGGGAAAUCCAUUGCAGUUGAGUGCUACAGGCAAGGAGCAUUCAUCACUUUGGUGGCACGAGAUGAGGCUAAAUUGCUUCAAGCAAAGAAAGAGGUGGAGAAAUUUGCCAUCAAUGACAAGCAGGUGGUGCUCUGCAUAUCAGUGGAUGUUUCCAGUGAUUAUAGUCAAGUGGAAAGUGUUAUAAAACAGGCUCAAGAGAAGCUGGGUCCGGUUGAUAUGUUAGUAAACUGUGCUGGAUUAGCCAUUUCUGGAAAGUUUGAGGACGUGGAAGUGGACCGUUUUAAGAAACUGAUGGAAGUUAAUUACCUGGGCAGCGUUUACCCAACACGGGCCGUCAUAACCACCAUGAAGGAGCGAAGAAUGGGCCGCAUUAUGUUUGUGUCGUCCCAGGCGGGCCAGAUCGGCCUGUUUGGAUACACCGCCUACUCCCCAUCCAAGUUUGCUCUGCGUGGCUUAGCUGAGUCGCUGCAGAUGGAGAUAAAGCCAUACAAUAUCUAUGUGACUGUGGCCUACCCCCCUGACACUGAGACGCCGGGAUUAGCUGAGGAAAAUAAGACAAAGCCUCUAGAGACCAAAUUAAUCUCUGAAACUUCUGGAGUUUGUCAACCAGACCAAGUAGCCAAAAUCAUUGUUCGGGAUGCAGUGCAGGGGAACUUUAACAGCUCCGUGGGACCCGAUGGUUACAUGCUAUCAGCCCUCACCUGUGGAAUGUCACCUGUUACGUCCAUCACAGAAGGCCUCCAGCAGAUUGUUACCAUGGGAUUAUUUCGGACCAUCGCCCUCUUCUACCUGGGGAGUUUUGACAGCAUUGUGCGCCGCUGCAUGAUUCAGAGGGAGCAGUCAAAAGCCGCUGACAAGAGAGAGUAACGGCAGCCUUACUGUCUUCACAGCCCAAUCCUCCUCCUCCUCCUCCUCCUCCUUUACACUUCCCAUCACAUUCCAUCCCCUUUUCCAGCUGUAGAAGUGCACAACCAUAGUUCGGGAAAAGGCCAAGCUUUGAGUGCAUUUCUGAUAUCAACAGAUGGGAUUAAAAAAAAAACUGGCAGAUGUUUAGUAUUUGUUUAUCCAGUGAUAUAAUUCGUUUAUAGAAUUAAGUAAUUUAGAUUUUAUCCCCUCAGAGCAUUCCAGUGGCUUCUCCGUUUAAUGUGUCCACCUGCUUUUUUUUUGUGGGAGCAGCCUUACUUUAGGGGAAUGGUGGCAGACUAAACAUCCCGCAGUCUGGUUUUAAAGUUGCUAGGCUUUGUGAACCACCGUCUAUACGUGAGGCCUUCUUGCCUCCACUUGCACCGUGCUGCGUUUUAUUUGUUUUUCGCACAGAGAAAAAGCAACAGAUAGCCUGUUUGACCGGUUGUGCCAAAUACGGCUUGAAAUCUCCUCUCACCAGGGGCUAUAGUGAAAACCAGAAUAAUACUCUCAGCUUUUUGCAUUUUGUUUCGUGUUCACACAACUAGGUCUACCAUAUAGGAAUUUCAUAAUUUUCACUUUUGUCUAAAUAACCUUUGUGUUUGGAACCAGUUGUGACCCUCUGUGUUUGGUUUAUGUUGUAAGAUGUUUGUUUUUGUGCUGUGUGUGUGAACCAAGCCAGAUGAGAGACAACCGUGCAUUCUGUGAUAUCGGAGAGAGCGAGAGAGAUGUAUUCGAGUGAUGUUUUUUUUUAAUUUAAUUUUACUAAUGCAAAUACAUAAUUUCCAGAAAAGAAUAAUAUUCAAACAUUGUAGACACAGUGUUAGGGCAAAUGUAUUUUGGGGGAAGUGUGUGCAUGAAUGUGUGUUUUGCAUUUGCUGUGACUGAGCCAAACCCCUGGGAAGA